AUGGCAACCGCUCCACCACCUGCAAAGGUCAGAGGUCAUGACAAGUCUUUCUCUCACCUCUCUCCGGCGAAGUUGGAGCAAAAGCGUCCGCGGUAUUUUCCCAGACGUUUCGUCCUCAGUUUGAGAAAGUUAUUAACCCGACUCCUCAUAGAGUCCAGCAGCGGUCCAUCGCCCCGAUGUUCGUCUCUUUUCGGCUCGCCGAGUGACUCUGUCAACAGAGCGCUGCAGCUACGCAGGUCAGCUGACUGGUCACGUGACUCUUUCCGGACGUGCUGUUCCCCGUGUUCAGACCUGACGCUGGACAUGGCCUUAACAUUGAACGUUUCUGUCAUUUUAUUUCUCUGCAUUUUAUCAGUGCGUAGUGCUAUAGGCGACAUCGUUCUCGAACAGCAGUCGUCGGAGUCCCGAAGCACGGAUUGCGGUUGUCAGGGUCUGAAAAGAGAUGUUACUGUUGAUGUAAGUGAUGAGAACAAACUGGAACAUCACGAAGAUGCAAAUAUAUACUCCAGAACAGCAAACGAAAGUCCACACGAGACAGAGUAUGAUAUACGCAGUAAGCUGGUGCUGCUGCAGGGAGGUUGGUUUAUGAUGGGAACAGAUGACCCAGGAAUACCACCGGAUGGAGAAGGGCCGCAGAGGAGAGUGAGAUUGGACCCUUUUUACAUGGAAGACCAUGAAGUCACAAACCAGCAGUUCCAACACUUCACCAACCAGACAGGAUACACCACAGAGGCUGAACGUUUUGGAGACUCCUUUGUUUUCGAGGGACUGCUGAGUGACGAUGUGAAGGGCACUCUGUCACAAGCGGUGGCUGCUGCUCCUUGGUGGUCGCCAGUGAAAGGUGCAGACUGGAGACACCCAGAAGGACCAGAUUCAACCAUAGAGCAAAGGAUGAAUCACCCUGUUUUGCAUGUGUCAUGGAGUGAUGCACAGGCGUACUGUCACUGGGCCAGGCGCAGACUUCCUACUGAAGCUGAGUGGGAGAUGGCCUGUAGAGGAGGACUGCAAGAUAGGCUGUACCCAUGGGGAAAUAAACUACUGCCCAGAGGGCAGCACUAUGCUAACCUUUGGCAAGGUGAUUUUCCUAACCGCAACACAGCAGAGGACGGCUUUGCUAACACAUCACCGGUGAUGUCAUUUCCUGCAAAUGGCUUUGGGCUGUAUGAUAUGGUGGGAAAUGCAUGGGAGUGGACGGCAGACUGGUGGAAUGUGCAUCACUCUACAGAAGCCAAGCAGAACCCUAAAGGACCAGAAACAGGGACAGACAGAGUCAAGAAAGGAGGCUCCUACAUGUGUCACAAGUCUUACUGCUACAGAUACAGGUGUGCAGCCCGUAGUCAAAAUACUCCAGACAGUUCUGCCUCUAAUCUGGGCUUCCGCUGCGCUGCUGACGCUGAUCCAUGACCUCAAACAUGAGGUCUAUCACUGUCAUCACAUGAAAUCAAGAAUGAUUGUGUGUUUUUAUGUAAAUAAAUCCAUUUGUAAAA